GAUGUUCCGAGUGCAGAAAGUUUUGCUAGCCGAAUACGAGGAGAUCUACGAGCCGGUGCUGGUGGAGAAUCCCUUCACCCUGGUCGACAUCCGCGGGGUGGGCCUGCGUCAGUAUCACAUAGGCCUCACCUGCAAUCGCCUGCUCUUCGGCUGCGACAACUUCUCCAAAUACGGAGAUAAGCCGAGCUACCUGGCUCGCGGCUUGGAUCCCGAGAUCGAGAGCUUCGACCUGGCCAGCAUGCUGCCGCUGCAGUUGAUCCGGUUCCACUUCUUCCGAAAGGCCAAUCGUUGCCUGAUGAUGUUGAACAUCAUCCAGCCCCUGGGAAGGCCCAUGGCCAUCUUGGAACACCCGAUGGUCUUCGAGUUCGGUGGGCAUAUCUUCAAGCAGUACUUCUGGCACACCUGGCGCGAACGUGUAUCCGCCAUUCGGGUUAUGCAGCCAGCCUACAACCAGAUAACCGGCUCCUCACCCUUCUCCAGCACUGAUGUCCAGCUGGACGAAGAGGUCACCGUGGCCCAGGUGCAUUCUGCGCCCCGAACUCCCUCCAUCUACAGUGCUUGCCAUGUGGGAGGUGCAGAUUUCGGCUAGCCAAGAGUUCGAUUUUCUUGCAGGACCCAAAACUUUCACUUCAGACGGCUGUUUAUUUAUUUAUGUUAAAAGCAAUCAGCUCUUCCCACCUUAAGGACAGCUAUUUUUGGUAAGUCAAAAAUGGCGUUUUAAGCCCGAGGUGAAAGGACCACCCUCGUCGGGUCUUAGAUAUUUCCAGAAAAUGUCACUGAUACAAACUUAAUUAAUAGUUGUAAGUUCUAAGUUGUAAGUUAUAUUUGUAUAAUGUGAAAUCUUAAGAAAAUAAUUUAAUCAGAAAUGA